AUGGGGGGCAAGGAGCGAGAGCGCGAACCGCCACCGGCCACCGACGACGAGGAUGCGACGCAGGCGACCACGCAGGAAGGCGACCACGCAGGAAGGCGUCGUGGGGGAGUCAUCCGGCAAGCGCAGCCGACAGCACAGCAUCACCAGAUCACCGCUGGGCUCGCAAGCAGCGCAAAGCGAAGGGCCGCCGCCAUGUCGCAAGGGGAGCGGGCGACAAAACGAGUGGCCGACCAGCAGCGACGCCGCCGUCAGCAGCGUGAGAGCAAGGAAUCACAGCCAGCACCGAUCACCUUUGACGCUGCGGUGGCAAAGGUCGCGUCGGAGGCAGCUCUCGGCGUGGUUGAGGUUGAGGAUUUCCGCGACUGGCUGCUCGACCCACAGCAAGCUGGACAGCCGAUUGAUGGUGAACGCAUCACCGAGUGGCGCGCAUCCGAAGCGUACGAGCGCGCCCGGCUCGAGUACAUGGACGGUUGCAUGUGCGAGGGUGCGUGCACGUGCACCUACGAUGGCGUAGGCAUCGCCCCAGACGUGCCCGGAGUCACCUGCGACUACUUCGACGAGGCGCUUUUGGAGCCGCGCGCCAACGACGGGCAGCCAUCAGGCGUGGAUUGGUCGACACUCAAGCAAGCUGGGCCACGCAAGCUUUCGUUCCUGACGGUUGAUCCGGACCGUGCCCACGACAAGAGGAUCGGCGACGAUCUCGGCAUCGACUCACGCGUGGCCAACGCCAAGAGGCGGCUCCGCCGCCUCCGGGACUGCAUCGACGACGUCAGCGCCCUGUAUGCCAGCUACUCAAAGGACAGCGCCGCGGACAAGAAGGGUCGGCUGACCCUCGUGCUCCCCGAACUGAGCGAGUGGGUAUCGGAGGGUGCCUGGAUCGGUGCGCCCGCCGUUGGCAGCGCCGUGGGGAGCGACGCCACGCGCCUCGUGGCGAUUGCGCAGCUGGUGAGGGCGGCGCGGGCAGGCAUGGGCGAGAAAGCUGUGGCAGAGCUGCACGCCGCGCGGAGGCGAGUCGCCGAGGGCGGCAUCGAGGUGCUGCUGGCGCUGGAGAACCUGGUGCUAAGCGCAUCGGUCGAGCGGGAGGCUGCGGCCCGCGCUGUCAGAAAGGCCACCGCCGCGCGGGCCGCCUGCGAGGAGGAGCUGGAGAAGGCGCGCGGCGCGAGCGAGGCGAGGCGAGAGGCCGCCGUCGAGAAGGCGACGGCGGCGCUCUACGCGGCGGAGAGCGACAUCUUCCGGGCCGAGGACUUGCGGAGGAAGGCGGACGAGGAGCUUCAGCGCCUGCACGGCGAGGCGACGGCCGAGGCGCUGCGCGCUGCGGAGACGGCUCGCGUGGAGGCGGAGGCGAAGGUGUGUGCGGGGGCCGAGGCGGUGCGGGCAGCGUACGGCGGCCUCGCCGAGGGAGUGGCGAGGGUGCUCGCCGCGCAGGGCGCCUCUCCGGCGCCCGCGCCUCGCAGAGAGGAGCCGUCGGGCGAGGAGCCGCUUGGUGCGGACGGCCGUGGUGCCCUCGAGGGCCGUUUCGCCGCCCUGCUGGCGCAAUGGGCCGUCGCGCGGCGGCGGUGCGACAAGGCAAAGGCGCGCUGCGAGGCCUUCCGCAGGCACGGGCUCGAGGUGGCCGCGGCGCCGCGAGGCGAGGCGACGCGGCUCGGAGAGCUCGCCUCCGCCUGCGAGGAGGAGAGGGCGGCGGAGGAGCUGCGGGCGCUCCGGCUGUCGGACGAGGAGCGAGUCGCCGCGACUGCGGCGUGCGACCGCGCGAUCGGCGGCCUCCAGCGCGAGCUCGGCAAGCUGGCCGCGCGUCUGAGCGCGAACUGCGACAUGGUCUCGCAGCACCAGAAGCUGUUCAAGAAGCUCGCCGCGACGGAGGCGAAGGUCAAGGCGGCGGCCAAGCAGGCGGACGGCGGUGAGCCGCUCGAGGCGCGCCGCCGCCGCGACGAAGCGCCCCCGAGACGAGUCGCGGCGAGCGUUGUAGGGUCGAAGGGGGACGCGCGGCGCGAGGCGGCGCUGGCGGCGCUGCGUGAGCGGGCAGACGCAGAGCGCGCUCAGCUGGAUGCGUCGGCUGGCUUCAUCGACAGGCGGGCGGAGGAGCUGAAGGCGGAGGCGGACGCCGGAGCCGCGCGCGCUGUCCGCGAGCCGCUGGCGGUGUGUGUGCGCGAGUACGCGCUCCUCUUCACCACGCGCUGCGCUUCGGCAGAGGGCGUGGCCUCGUGCAACGCUGUGCUUGCGGCGAGCGGCGAGGCGGUCGCUGAGGCGGCCUCUGACACCACCGCUUCGUCACCUCGCGACCCCUCUCCACCUCGCGACGAGACGGGCGCCCAGCGUGUCGAGUCCGCUCCAGGCACCCCAGGCAACCCGUUCGACGGCGAGGCCGAGCUCGAAGCGACGGCCAGCGAGGGCAGCGAGGACUGA